CCAUACCCUGCCUAAUUAAGAAAAAGUGGAAAACUACAAAGAAAAUGCUAGGAAGAAGAUAUUGGUUUGGCUGCUCUGAAAUUUUCAUGCGUUAGGCGGGAUUCAUUGAUUCUUAACCCCUUAAGUCCGUCUCUAAAAUCCCAACUUUUUUCCUCAGUCGGACCCCAAUCUUAGCUCUGUGUAUCGGACCUGUUUGGACAUAUUAUUAUUCGGAGAUCUGUGCUGCAAAAGGAUAAUAAAAUUGGCAUGGCUGCAGUCCACAUGCAUUGGCAGAAAUAAACGAUAAAUAGUUCUAUUCUUCUCAGGAAAUAUCAGUUUGGGAAGGCUAUGAACUGUUACCGCUAGGUAUGUCUGCAUUCGUAAUUCUUUGAGCUAAAUUUUGUUGAUUAUUUAAUAACUGUAAAUAAUAGCGCUUGAGAGAAGAUAAUGUUCAUAGCGAACAUGUUGAAAUCCCAGAUAAAAUGUGUCAAAUGUUGUCAAGAAUUGGUGCAGCUAAAGUCUAGGGUUGAAAAUUCUGUAAAUAACCGGUUUUGCUAAACAAUGAAUGAGGCGGUGAGGCUCAAACUUAGGGUUUGACAUUUAGCCGACUAGUAAGUGAAAUUUUUGGAUGUUGUGAUGUCAAAUACUGCGGUGAGUGGAGCCAGAAAAUGGGAUAAUGUGAUGAAUGAAAAAAUAUCUUGAAAUUAAACAGUUAACAUUUUAGGUUUUCUGUAUUUAGUUAUUUUGGCAAGAGAAGAAUUAUGGAAUACAGUAGAAGCUUCAAAGUUAUUGCAUUUUCUACAGUUUCUCUGGUAAGAAAACUAGGGGUAUAUUAUAAUCUCUGGAGAGUGCAAGAAUUUCAUGCCAGACUGUCAAAUUCUAGGUCUGGACUUAUUGAACGUAGGAAAAUCAAUUGCAUUAAUCCCACAAUCGAAACGGAAAGUACUUCCACAGUAAUGAUGAAAUUCUCAAAAAUAAUUUUCAAAGCAGAAAAGUUUUCAACACAGACAAUCUCAAAGAAUUGCGAGGCAGAAAUUUGUGAAGAAGAAAUAGAUUAUGUCGAUAUUAAAGGAAUAGAUAGGGGGACUUUGGACUCCAUCUGUGAUUUGGUGAGGCUGCAGCAGUGGGAUUUGCUGAAGGAAAAUUCUGCUAAAUUGACGCCAUGUAUUGUAGUGCAAGCAUUGGCUGUAAAGCAUGCCACUGCUGGAUCGAAAAUCCAAUUGUCUCAUUUGUUAGAGAAAGAAGGAAACAUUCAGGAAACGAUACAAAUUUACUCUGCAAUGAUUCACAUUUUAAUAAGGGCAAAGAUGUUUAGUGAUGCAAGGGCGUUGAUGGACUGUCUUAUUCUUUCUUCCAAGUGCCAUGCCUCGGCUUCAGAUAUUUUCAGGUCGUUGAUUUCUGCAUAUGUAGGAUUCUCUGUACCUGUAGCUCUCGACAUGUUGAUCAAAACUUAUGCACGGUUUAAUAUGAUUCAAGAUGCUGCUGAUAUUUUUCAACAGUCAAGCAAUUGCACUUUUGCAAAUGAUGUUAUCUUCUGCAACAGGCUUCUUAAAGUUAUAAUCAAAAUGCAGCUACCCGACUUGGUAUUUAAAAUAUUCAAAGAAAUGCAGAAAAGGAGAAUCUGUCCCAAUAUUGACACAUGGAAUUGUGUUCUUGAAGCCUACUGUGAGAGAGGUAACCUGCCAAAAGCGAACAACUUAGUAUUUAAAAUGCAUGAAACAGGUACAAUUCCAGAUAGUGUUACCUAUGAUUUGCUUAUUGACGGAUACUGUAGGGAAAGCAGAAUUACUGAGGCUCUUGAACUUAUGAAGCAUAUUAUACAUGAAGGCUCUGUGCCUGGGAUUAAGGCCUACAAUGCACUCAUAAGGGGACUAUGCAAGGAAGGUAAUUUGCAGGAAGCCAAAUCCCUCCUACAACAAAUUCAUCAAAAUGGGGUUAAGCCCAGCCCUGAAACUUAUGCAGCUUUAAUUGAAACCCAUUUGAAACACUGGCGCAUAAGCAGUGCUGUAAAUCUGCAUGAACAGAUGUUAGAACAUGACCUUCUCCUUGACAAGGCUACUUACAGGUCAAUCAUCAGCAUACUUUGCAACUUUGAGAUGGUGAAGGAAACAAGUAAUUUUGUUCUCCUAACAAUGGAAAGAGAGUUAGUCCCUGCCAAAACAAUCUUCUUUGCAAUGUUGAAAAGCAACUAUCUCAAGGAUAAUGUUAAACAGCUGAAAAGAAUUCUCAAUAAAGCCAUGGAAGAAGGUAUAGAACUGAGUAUUGCAACUUACACUACACUUAUUGAAGGUUUUUACAAAGCAGGCAUGUUGCAAGAAGCAAAUGAAUGGUUCAAAGAAAUGCAAAAAAGAGGGUUGACUCCCAAAAGGAGUAGCUAUGUCAAGCUAAUAUAUGGCCAUUGCAAGGAAGGGAAUUCAAGGAUAGGUUUGAAGUUGUUGGAGGAAAUGAUUCAGAAAGGUUUCUCACUUACCAUUUCUGUCUAUGAGAAAAUUGUUACUGGGCUUUGCGAUGAUAAUAACAUUCAUGAAGCACUUAAUCUUGCUCGUCAAAUGUUGAAAAGAGGUUUAAUACUUGAAAUAAGUACCUAUGCCAGAGUAAUUCACAGGCACUUGCAGGAGGGGAAUUUGCAGGAGGCAGUGGUUCUGAUGGAGGAAAUUCUGGAAAAAGGAAUUAUACCAAAAUCAGAAAUCUGUGUUCCAUUCUUUACACAACUUUGCAUGCAAAGAGAAACAGAGAAAGCAGAUAACCUUUUUCACAUGAUGCUGGACAAUGGUUGCAUUUCUAUUGUUUCAGACUAUAACCUGCUAAUUGAUGGUUAUUGCAAGGAAGGGAGAAUGAAGAAAGCUCUAGAAGUACAGGAUAAAAUGGUUAAAAAGGGUAUGACUCCUGAUAUGGAUUCUUUUAAGAUACUCAUUAGGGAAUACUGUAGAAAAGGAGAAACAGAGACAGGUGAACGUCUCUUGAAUAAUAUGCUGGAGAGGGGAAUGACUCCUCUUGUUUCUAUUUAUAAUGAUCUUAUCCUUGGUUACUGUCAGGGUGGAAAAAUGGAGGCGGCUUUGAGGCUUCGAGAUAGCAUGUCUUUGAAUGGUAUAGAGCCUAAUGUGGACACCUACAAUGCGCUUAUCUGUGGAGUUUGCUCAACAAUCUGAAAAUAUAUAAUACUGUUAACUCCAAGAGGAAAAUGUUGAAUCAGUAUUGAAUUAUACAAGCCUAUGACAGGGAAGUAGAUUAUGGAUUGGCGCCUUGCUAUAUCUGAAACAAGCAGGAAAAUAUUUCAUUUAAAGAUGGUUAUUGAAAUGGCGAUCUGUAUCCACAACUGCAUUUCAUGAACAAGAUCUUCCUUCAAUGCAGCACAUACGUGCUUGAGCAGCAGUUUAACUUUGGUUUUAGGUUUCAAAAUUCCAAAAGAAAAGCGAGCAUGUGAUACUUACCUCUAUAUGAUGGUGCUUUUAAGAAUUAAAUGGUGAGUAAAUUUCAGCAGAGAGGAGGUUCUUAGCAGAGUAGCAUGGCCCAUUUGCAUGAAGACAGAGGCAAGUUAAGAAGUGGCACAAAUUUUCAAGUACUGCACACGAUUUGGUUUAAAGGCCAUUAAAAUUUAAAAGUCAUCUUCAUCAUCGUCAAUUUUAGAUAUGAGGUAGAUUGCAGUAUUACAGGGUUUUGAAAGUCGAUUAGCGCAUCAAAUAUAAUAUUUCUUGUUUCUAAAUGAAGAUAUAUGCCAGUAGCUGCUGUGUUAACCAGCUUUUACUAUCUGUCAGAAAGUCAAGCCCUCUGGCAACCAUUACUAGAAACUUCUGAGUCUCAUACUGGUCUUAUUUGAUAUCUGGGGGAUAUCAAACAAAGGAGUUCCUUGUGAACUUUUUUCUUCUCCAACUGCAAAAGUUACGGUUCUAUAGAAUACCGUGGGAUUUUAUAGCUAUUUCUGAACUGCACAGAACGGGUAGAUUUACCAGACACAUCCAAACACACCUCAUAUGAUUAAUAAGGAUUCACUUUAAUGGGUAACUGUUAUCCAUCAUCAGGGUGUCUUUAUUGUAAUAGUUAACAAAUAUAACUACUGUAAUUAAUUUGGUGCAAUAUGCCAUCAAAUGGAUUACUAUGAUGAAAUUCUGCAGUGUUUUCUAGAAACUAUCAUCAGACAACUGGCACUUUAAGGCUUUACUCUGAUGUUUUUUUUAGGUUGCUUUUUUGUUUUUGCAGCUCCAAGAUUCAGGAAUUAAAGACGAGUGUUAGAAUUUCAGUCAAUGUAAAAUUGUUCAAUAUAUGAAGUGAAUGUUUCUUUCAGCCAUCUAAUGGCCUUGUAGUAUGGUUAGAUAAUAUAUUUCUCCUUUAGCUACCUAUUGGUAGCUCUUAUUCUUUGUAA